GCCUACAGGUUAUAUUCUGUUAGAUUUGUCCAAACAGGAGCACAUUCUUCUGAGCAGGAGGUCAACAUGGACAAACUCUGGUCCACAGUUUGUGUACUGAUUUUUGCGUUUGGUGCAGUGGUGCACUUUGACUCUGGUUUUGCUGCAGUGAGUCUCCCAAAACCAGGCCACUGCCCAUGUCGCCUUAAUGUUGUCCCAUCACAUAUCGGGUGCGAGUGUGAUGAAGAAUGUCCUGCAGACCACAAAUGCUGUGUCUUUGACUGUGGAGCUGUCUGUGUCCCUCCUGCUUUCACAAAGCCAGGAGUGUGUCCUCGGAUCUUGGGUGCCGGAGCUUGCGCUGAAUUCUGCUACAAUGACAGCGACUGCCCCAAAGAUGAGAAGUGCUGCUCCAAUGGAUGUGGGCAUGACUGCAUGGCGCCGUACAGAGCAAAGCCAGGAGUGUGUCCUUGGGUCUGGGGUGCCGGAGCUUGCGCUGAAUUCUGCUACAAUGACAGUGACUGCUCCAAAGAUGAGAAGUGCUGCUCCAAUGGAUGUGGGCAUGACUGCAUGGCGCCGUACAUAGUGAAGAAAGGUCGCUGCCCUCUGCCCCCGCCCACCCAGAUGUGUGCAGAGCACUGCUAUCAUGAUGGUCAUUGUCCAGGAGCGCAGAAGUGCUGCAGGACGACCUGUGGUCACGCCUGCAGUGAGCCGUGUUGAUCGGACCGCCAGCCGAGCUACAUCCCAGUGUGCGCUUGUUUGGAUUCUUGGAUACAAAUGUUGCAUAAACUGCCCAUUUGUAACAGUUUGAUCAGCUGCAUAGUAGCACAGUUAAGUAGCAAUAUUUCUGUAAGAGUUGUAGUCGUGUAGGUUUCUGGAGAAUAAAGAAUAAACAUAUCUUA